AUGUUAAUAUGUUUUAUUACUGUUUCAGGUGAUAUUAUACGUCUACGGACCGUUCUCAAGUCAGCCCAGAGAAAUAUUCAUAGUUCGUCUCAGCUUUUCAAGCUUGCUCAGGAUGCAUUUAGGAUAGCAGUGCCCCCUGAUGGUGCACCAAGGCAUUCAACUCUACUAAAUGCAGCAUUUGAACUAGGACUUCAGGUAAUGAGAAUGACCCUUUCCUCAUUGAACUGGCGGCGAAGAGAAAUGGUCCGUUGGCUUGUCACUUGUGCGACUGAAGUUGGUUUGGAUGCUUUGAUAUCCAUUAUACAGAAUUGGUAUCAGCUCUUCACACCGAUAGAAGCUACAGGUGGGUUGUACAGUUCUGGGUGAGUCUAUUACCAUUCUAGAUGUUGGGUGAAUUAACUGGAUCAGUAGAAGCUACAGGUGGGUUGUACAGUUCUGGGUGAGUCUAGUACCAU